AUGUCUAGUAUAAUGCGAAGUCUCUUAUUAUUAAGUAUUAUUCUGUUUAUUUCCCACAACCUUGUGGGUGUUGUUCUGGUUGGUGGUAAAAAUAAUAAGAAUGAACGCACCGCCGAUGAGUGUCGCUCACUUGGCUUUGAAAAGGGAGAAGUGAAGUGUCGUUAUUGUCCAUCACUCCUCCAACACACAGAGAGUGCGGCCCUUCAUCAAGAGUGUCUCUCCUGUUGUACGGAGGAUGAUCAGACAGAGAAGCGUAUUUACACACAUGCUCGUAUUGAAUUAAGAUCCGUAGAGAAUGAACUGAGUGAACCACGUAGUGAAAUCACAAUGUUUCACCGCGACUAUAAAGAGAAGUUUGGAUCACGUUUAACAUUUGUAACGAGAUAUAAUGCGUGGUGGCCUCGUCUUGUGCUGGAAGAUAAAAACAGCGGAGCGGAGUUGGAGGUGAGUUUAGCGGGAUGGACAAAAGAUAGUUUGCAUGACUAUUUAGUACAGGCAUUUGGUAUGGAAAGUUAA